CAUUUCUUUAUUUUUCUAUUGCAUUCAUUCUCUCACUGUCAUCAUCUUUUCCUGCCUCUCUCGCUCGUUUUCAUUCCUCAAGCCGUUUUAUUUUUCAUUCUACCCUUCUUUUCUUACCUUUCUCUUCACAUUUUUCUUUCUUUUUGUGCAUUUGUAUUACUGUAUUCUUGUUUUAUGCUAAACAUUGUGCAUUUUUCACGCUUUCCUCGACGAUACUUACACGUUUCUUCUUUUCGCACUUUCCCUACUCUCUUCCUGUUUUUGUUUUCUUUUGUCCUCCAUUUCUUUCUUCCUCUCUUAUUUUACUUUCCUCUUUCAUUUUACUUUUACCUUCCUCUCCUCCGGACAGCCUGUCUUCAGGUCAGCCCUGACAGGUCUCAGUUCUUCAGGUACGACUCCAUCACUCUGCGCUGUGAUGAUCAUUUGAACUCUACUGGCUGGAAGGUGAAGAGGAAAACGCUGGAGAGCGGGGUCAGACCCUGCUCCUCCGGCUGGGGCACCUCCUCCUCGGGCUCCACCUGCAUCAUCGGAAACACCUACCCAUCUGACAGCGGGGUGUACUGGUGCGAGUCUGAAAACAGGGAGAGGAGCAACGGCGUCAACAUCACCAUCACUGAUCGUACUGUGAUCCUGGAGAGUCCUGCCCUCCCGGUGUCGCAGGGAGCUGCUGUGACUCUGCGCUGUAAAGCUGAGACGAACUCCUCCGACCACAGGUUUAAUUUCUACAAAGAUGGCCACUCCAUCAGCAGCAACUCCACAGGAGAGAUGAACAUUCACAGUGCUUCCAAAUCUGAUGAAGGACUCUACAAGUGCAGCAUCACUGGAGGUGGAGAAUCAGUGGGCAGCUGGCUGGCUGUUGAAGCUUCUCAUCCACCUUCAUCUUCAGCUCCGCCUGCAUCUCCAGUUUCUGUCUCCAGACUGAUGUAUCACCUGGUGGUGGGAACUCCUUACCUGCUGUCCACCAUCUUACUGGGACUCAUAUACAGAGACAGAGCGAGAGAUCUAUUCUUAAUCCCACCCACAAAGAGUGAGAGUAAGAGUGAACCAUGCUACCAUCGUGACAGAUUGGGGUUUGAGGUUGGAGGUAAACUCCAACAUUGCAACAUAAUGUGCAGCAGCUCAGACGGUUGCAGAGAGAAGAGGCAGCAACGAUGUUAUCAUGGAAAUAGUCGUAUAGUCUUGUAAACUGCAAAAAGCGACAUAGAAUUUCUGCAUGCGACCUUCCACCACAGGAUGUCCUGGAGAUCCAUUUUUACCACCAGCGUUGAGUUAAAUGAUCUGCUGUGUUUGAUAUUUGAUGGAUGUUUGAUACCACUGACUAAACAUUUUCAUGCAUUCAUUGAUCAUGCUUCCUACGUAACCUCUCUUUUUCCUACAGAUCACUUUCACUUGUGUCAUCUGCGUAGCCAUCUGCACAUACAGUGAUGGUCUCCAGUGUCAACGUCAAACACUUUGUAGGUCUAUGUCCAACCACCCACCGUGACCUUAUAUCUAAGAGACAACAGUCACUAAAUGUAAACAUAAGUCUAAAAACAGCAUAGAUAGUGCCGCACCUAAUAAUGGCCGCAUAAAAUGUAAAAAUUAGGGAAUUUAAUUUAAUCUUUUUUGUAUCAUAAACAUCUGUGAUUAGCUGUUGAACUGAAGUUUGUGACUGGGUCACCACAUCCGUAAUGGAUGCAAAUUCUGUCAUUCUCCUUCUUCCUUUCCUUUUCUUUCUUCUUCCAAGUUAAUCCCAGGUAGGAAAGGCACAGGUGUUACUAAUAUCAUUAACGAUGGAGUGUCCCAGUAAGCCGUGACAGUGAGCUAGCAUGCACAAUACCAGGGCCCAUAAACUGACGCAGGUAAAUGGAAUUUAGCCAUCAUUAAUUUUAUUACUUACACCUGCACUUUUCCUGCUGCGUUAGCUGUCUUCAGGGGAAAAGGUCAAGUGGGAUGCUGAUAAAGAAAGCGCAGCUGGCCUUUUUAAUGCUCUCAGUGUAGUCUUGUUUGUAUAACAGUGUAAGUUGGUUUUUAACUGAGACAAAUUAUGCUGUAUAAUUCCUGUGUUACACACUGCUGUUGAGUGUGAAAAGGAAGUGGAAGGAGCAUGAGGGCGUUUGUUUUCUGAGAGACGUGUUUGUGGUUUGGUUGUUUUCAUCAUGCAAUCAUGUAUGAGGUGUGAAGUUUUAGUCCAGCUAGCUAUUGUUUAGUUUUUUUUCCAUUUGACAUUUUAUCUGAACUGAAUUUACUCAAAACUGGAAAUUGUUUUUAAUAUUAACAGUCAACAGAAAUUGCUUUGUCUGGAGAGUGACACACAAAUAACUGCUGUAAAUGGUUUUAUUCUCUUCUCACAUUCUUAUUCUUCUAUAACAUAAGUGUUACUUUAAAUUACAAACAGGAAAAGAACAAACAUUUUAGCAUUUUUUUUGUCAGCGAUUUACUAAAUCAGUGUUUUUGCCUGUGUGGGUCGGUUGUGGUGAGAUUAUCUGAGAGUCAUUUCUCAGAAGUGGAAACAAGGAGAGGACUUUGUGCUACUUUAAAACCAACAAAUAGGCCAACAGUUUUCAGUACUUUAAACGUGUCUCAUUUAAACUGACAAUGUCUCAAAAUGCUUUGAAACAAGUGUAACUACAUUGAAAAUAAACAAUUUCAAGUAUCUGCUCUGGCAGGUUUAAGAAAAUACACAUUUAGAUUUAGAGUAAAGAAUUAAUUGACCUAUAUUUUGCAGUGUGAUUGGAAACUUUUGUGGUUUGGUAUCUCACAGGUUAAAAUCACUGUGAACACAACAUCUCCAACUUUCCAGGUAUAUACUGUUGUGUUACUAGAAUGCAGUGCAAUUAAUUUCAAGGUAAAUGGAUUUGUCAUCAUUAUUUUACGAGGUAGGAAAUAGUAUGUUCAAUGAGCACAACCAGAAGGUCACGUUAGAAAAAUCUUACAACAUGGUUUCGAGACAUACUACUUUUUCUAAGCAAAGAAGGAGGUAUCAAGGAAAUGUUAAAGUUAAUAUAUUUGAUUACAUUGUGUGCAGUGUUGACUUCAGAAUGUAAAUGCAGGAUAAAAUAAGAAACAAAACUAGCUAAAUAUGUGAAAUUUAACCAAAGGUAAACCAAAUUGCAAAAAUUUUAAAGGUGUCAUGGUUUGAGGGUUUUGAGUUUAGUCACUUCCAGUUUUAUUUUGUAUACUUGCCUCUCCUCAUGUGUUUUGUGGAGCUUCACUUCCUGUCUUUGUGUUUUUCCGUCCAGUUUUGAUUGUUUGCCCCGCCCUGAUUAGUUUCACAUGUGUCUAGUUAUUUUUCCAUCACUUGUGUAUUUAGUCUGUGUGAUUCCUUUGUUCUUUUGUCAGUUCGUCCCAGUUGCUAUGUUGGCUCUUGCUUUUGGUUUUCUGCCAUUUGGACCUGUAUCUGCCUACGUAUGUACUUGCCUGCCUAUUCAUGUAGAAAUAUACAAAAUGUGCCCUCAUAAAGGAGUUCAAAAAUAAUAACAAAAGCUGUUUCAGUAUGACAUGACAGCUGGUUAGUAUCCAGAUGUUACAAAAGUUAAAAGUUGUUACUCUAAUGUUAACAAAAUUGUUUGUUUUGUGCUGAUCUGUAUGCAUUUUAUUGUUCAGUUUUGUGUGUAAAUGCUGUGGUAUGUGGCACUGGUUCAUGCUAUUUACUUGUCCCUAUACAAAUAAACAUUAAAUAAAGAAACAAAUGCAGUAGAACUCACCAUAACCUAUAAACACAUAUUGAUGUGUAAAAUUAAGAGGAUACUUUGUCCAGACCAUACAAUCAAAUUGCAGAGAACUUUUGAACUCCAUUUCUUUCAUGCAAAACAUCACUCCUAAAAGUGGAAGCCAUUUCUAUUUCAAUAAAACUAUCAGAGCCUU